UUAGAAGCAGAGUAGCCUUUGACUCCACAUAAAUUCAUCAAUUAGGCUUCCUUACUCCCACCAAGUCCCCCAGUCCACUUUGACACGAUAUCGACCCAUCAAAAGCUGCACCUCGAGAUUCGAGACGCGUAUCGCCACCGUCUAUACCCACCAUCUUCAAACCGGGGAACCACAACGCAAACUCCCUAUACCUACACUAACUCCAUCCUACGCGCAAACCACUGCCCAUCAUCCUUAGCAUCAUGUUCGCUGCACUUCCCCCCAUGCAGCAGUUCAAUUUCUCGCAAUGCGCUACCGCGCCCGCACGACCGUCUCCACUUUCACCUCGCAGUUCGCCGGCGCGCCCGAUGGCCUCAUUAUCCUCCUCGCCGUUCCACUUCUCCCCAGCACCAGAAAGUCAAACCAACACACCCGUCGCGUCACGAACAAAGUCCGAAAGUAUAUUCUUCGGGUCUCCGGUCUCGCCCUCGCCUUCGAAGGGCGCGGGCACGUCCUCCCGCUCCAAGACUUCGCCUACAUAUGCUCAGCGGUAUGCGAGCACCAUAUCUAAUCCGUUGAAUAACGCGUCCAAGAAUGGUGCCGCUUCUUGUUCGCCGUCGGCGCGCGAAACAAGACGCAACGUUUUCCUGAACCGGAUCAAGCAAGGGCGCGACGAUGCACGUUUCGCUAAUAGAGGCGAGCAGCUGGUGUUGAUGGAGCAUGUGGCGGAGCAGAAGAAGUGGGGCGAGUCGAUGCGGAGGAGGACGGAUGGGAUUCUGCAGGGAUACUUGAGGGAUUUAGAAGAGGGCGUUGAUGAUAUGAUUGACGAGGCGGAUAUCCAGGCUCUGGAUGAGUAUCUGUCCCAAGAACAGGCAACGGAGAUGGAGUUGCUUGAGAAUGUGGAUAUGCAGGCGCCCUCUGGACAAGCUGCUGGGAAUGCAUGGAAAGAUCCAGGCUCAUCGUUCAGUGAUGGCGAGUAUGAGGAUAUAUUCAUGGAUUUAGCCGACCACACAGCGCUGAGUCAGGAUAUGGAUAUGUCGGGGUGAAAUUACUGAGGAUUACGAUACUUCGACACGACUUGGGAGAAUAUACAGGGAACUGGGUAAUACAUAUGGGAUAGCUGCGUUACGGCGUUAGGUUGGGU